CCGCUCCCUUCCUUUUGGGAUUUGCUCCAAGAACAAUCAAAACGUUGCUCUUGCUCGCUUUCGCCUCCCUUUGGCAUUUUCCCAACCUCCUCGCACAAAUAUGCUUUGUGAAUUGAUGGCGUCCUAAUUUGCUCGAUCCAUUUCGAAAAUGGCUAUUUUCCGUGGGCUCAUCAUCGGCGAUUUUUUUUGUGACUGACAAGCGAAGAACCCGUCCACAUCAUGGACAAAUGCUCCAAAGGGUUCGCGGCACGUUCCUCCGUGGAUGAUGUUCCUGAUGAUGGUGUGCGACGCCGUGAACAGGACAGUGGAUCAAUAGAAGUGUUUGUUUCUCACUUCAUCUUCCUCUGUCUUCUUUACAUAGUUCUCAUUUGUACCUUGACAGACCAAAAAGACUCAAAAUACAGACCUGGAACUUAAGUAGCACAGUUUGCACUCCUCCUCCUCUCUUUCUCCUUCCCCUCCCCCCAAGACCUCUCCUCAGGACAGACCAAACAUGUGCUCACAAGCUCGAUCAACAGUUUGCCCUGUUCUCGGGAACCUGUUUCCUGUGUUUGGGCUUUUACUUCUCAUGACCUCAUCCUUCUGCGGGGGCCAGCCGCCAACUUUCAAACGAUUUGCACCUGCCGAGUGGGGGCUUACACAUUUGGCCAUUCACAACAAAACCGGAGAAGUCUAUGUGGGAGCCGUCAACUGGAUUUUCAAGUUGUCCAGCAACCUAACCAAGCUGCGUAGUCACAUGACCGGACCGGUGGUUGACAAUGAAAAGUGUUACCCUCCACCCAGUGUCCAGUCGUGCCCGCAUGACCUGGCUCAGACACCCAACGUGAAUAAGCUUCUGCUCAUCGACUAUGCCCAAAAUCGCCUCAUCGCCUGUGGCAGUACGUCACAGGGAAUCUGCCAAUUUCUACGCCUGGAUGACCUCUUCAAACUCGGCGAGCCUCACCAUCGCAAGGAGCACUACCUGUCCAGUGUGGCCGAGUCGGGCACCAUGUCAGGAGUCAUUAUCAGCUCCCCUCAUAGUCCAGCAAGUAAGCUGUUUAUUGGCACCCCCAUCGAUGGCAAGUCUGAGUACUUCCCGACCCUCUCCAGUCGCAAGUUGAUGGAGAACGAAGAAAAUGCGGACAUGUUCAGCUUCGUGUAUCAAGACGAAUUUGUCUCCUCUCAGCUCAAGAUUCCGUCUGAUACGUUGUCCAAGUUCCCUGCUUUUGACAUCUACUACGUGUACAGCUUCAGCAGUGAACAGUUUGUGUAUUAUCUGACGAUGCAGCUGGAUACUCAGCUGACUUCUCCCGACGCCAGCGGCGAGCAGUUCUUCACCUCCAAAAUCGUACGCCUGUGUGUUGAUGACCCCAAGUUUUACUCCUACGUGGAGUUCCCCAUUGGCUGCACGAAAGACGGGGUCGAGUACCGCCUGGUUCAGGAUGCCUAUUUGGCCCGACCGGGCCGUCAGCUGGCAAAUUCUCUGGGGAUCUCUGAGAAUGAAGACAUCCUCUUCACCGUCUUCUCCCAGGGUCAGAAGAAUCGUGCCAAACCGCCCAAAGAGUCAGCGUUGUGCCUAUUCACCCUGAGGAGAAUAAAGGAGAAGAUCAAGGAAAGGAUUCAGUCUUGUUACAAGGGCGACGGGAAACUCUCCUUGCCGUGGCUUCUCAACAAGGAACUCGCGUGCAUCAACUCUCCUUUGCAGAUUGACGACAACUUCUGUGGCCAGGACUUCAACCAGCCUCUGGGCGGAACCAGCACCAUCGAGGGCAUCCCUCUCUUCCUCGACAAAGAAGAUGGCAUGACCUCGGUGGCGGCAUACGACUACCGCGGAAACACCGUUGCGUUUGUCGGCACGCGCAAUGGCAAACUGAAAAAGAUCUUGGUGAACUCUGUGAGUCCAAACCGUCCAGCGGUACUCUAUGAGAAGGUGACCUUAAGCGAAGGAGGAAGUCCCUUGCUGAGAGACAUGCUCUUCAGCCCGGAUCAGCAGUACCUCUACACACUGACUGAUAGACAGGUGGUGAGAGUUCCGGUGGAGAGCUGUGAGCAGUACACCACAUGCGGGGAGUGUUUAGGUUCCAGAGACCCUCACUGUGGAUGGUGUGUGCUCCACAAUGUCUGCUCACGAAAGGACCGUUGUGAAAGAGCGGGAGAACCCCAGAGGUUUGCGUCAGACCAGAGGCAGUGUGUGGAGCUCACCGUUCAGCCCAAAAAUAUUUCCGUCACCAUGUCUGAAGUGCAGUUGGUCCUUCAGGCUCGUAAUGUGCCUGAUCUAUCGGCGGGGGUCAACUGCUCCUUCGAGGACUAUGUGGAGACCGAGGGACUGAUCCAAGGCGGAUACAUUUACUGCCUGUCGCCGUCUGCCCGUGACGUCAUCCCCAUCACACGGAACAAAGGUGACAAGCGGGUGGUGAAGCUCUACCUGAAAUCCAAGGAAACGGGCAAGAAGUUCGCCAGUGUUGAUUUUGUCUUCUACAACUGCAGUGUACACCAUUCCUGCCUCUCCUGUGUAAACGGAUCAUUCCCAUGCUACUGGUGCAAAUACCGCCACGUCUGUACCCAGAACGCACACGACUGUUCCUUCCAGGAGGGACGAGUUAACAUUUCGGAGGACUGCCCCCAGAUUCUACCAUCGACGCAGAUCUACAUUCCAGUGGGGGUGACCAAGCCCAUCACCUUAGCUGCCAAAAAUCUUCCCCAACCACAAUCAGGACAGAGGAACUAUGAGUGUGUGUUCCACAUCCAGGGGGAGACGUACAGUGUCCCCGCCCUGCGCUUCAACAGCUCAUCUAUCCAGUGCCAAAAGACCGCGUAUACCUACGACGGCAAUGACAUCAGUGACCUGCCAGUGGAUUUGUCUGUGGUUUGGAAUGGACACUUUAACAUCGACAACCCGUACAACAUUAAAGCUCACCUGUAUAAGUGCUACGCAUUAAGAGACAGCUGCGGCAUGUGUCUGAAGGCCAACCCCAGAUUUGAGUGCGGCUGGUGUGUGCAAGAGAAAAAGUGCUCCCUCAGGCAGGAGUGCAUUCCGACAGAAACCACUUGGAUGCACGCCACCACGGGAAACAGCCGCUGUGCGCACCCCAAGAUCACCAAGCUAUUUCCUGAGACCGGGCCCAGGCAGGGAGGAACCAUGCUGACCAUCACCGGUGAGAAUUUAGGUCUCCAGUUCAGAGACAUCCAGAAUGGAGUCCGAAUUGGAAAAGUGGCCUGCAACCCUCAAGAAGACCAGUACAUCAGUGCCGAGCAGAUUGUGUGUCGACUGAAUGACGCAACGGGCUACCGGGUGCAGGAGGCUCAAGUGGAGGUGUGUGUUCGGGACUGCAUUCAUCCAGACUACAAAGCCAUCUCCACCAAGGCGUUCACCUUUGUGUCGCCGUACUUCACCCGCGUCAGGCCGUCAACCGGGCCGCUCUCUGGCGGCACAAGAAUCACGAUAGACGGCAGUAACCUGAACGCCGGCAGCGCUGUGUAUGUAAAGAUUGGACUCCACGCCUGCCGCUUUGAGAAGCGAAACAGCACCGAGAUAGUUUGUGUGACCCCAUCCGGACAAGCUCCAGGCCCCACCCCGGUCAUGGUGGACAUCAAUUCAGCCGAGCUGAGAAACCCAGAGGUCAAAUUCAACUACUCGGAUGAUCCCACCAUCCUCAAAAUUGAACCCGACUGGAGUAUUGCGAGUGGCGGCACCAUGUUGACCGUUACGGGAACCAAUUUGAUGACUAUUAAAGAACCCAAGAUGAGGGCCAAAUACGGAACUGCCAAGUCAGAGAAUAACUGCACGGUGGUCAACAACACGGUGAUGGUGUGUCUCGCUCCCUCCGUGGCCGGGUCUGACAAAGUUUUCUUCGAGGUGGGUAGCAGCCCAGACGAAAUUGGCUUCAUCAUGGACGAUGUGCACUCUGUGCUGGUGGUCAAUGAGACAUUCAGCUACCAUCCGGACCCUGUGUUUGAACCGCUGAGCCCAAACGGCAUGUUGGAGCUAAAACCCAGCUCUCCGCUUAUACUCAAGGGCCGUAACCUAAUUCCUGCAGCCCCUGGAAAUACGAAGCUGAACUAUACGGUGCUGAUCGGGGAGACGCCGUGCGCUCUCACCUUGUCGGAGAGCCAGCUGCUGUGUGAGUGGCCCAACCUGACUGGAGAACACAAAGUCACUGUGCGCGUCGGAGGCUUUGAAUACUCACCCGGGACCUUGCAAAUCUACUCGGACAGCCUUCUCACCCUUCCUGCUAUCAUCGGUAUCGGAGGGGGAGGCGGCCUGUUGCUGCUGGUUAUCAUUGUGGUGCUAAUUGCUUACAAGAGGAAGUCCCGUGAUGCAGACCGCACCCUCAAACGACUCCAACUGCAGAUGGACAACUUGGAGUCCAGGGUGGCCCUCGAGUGCAAAGAAGCAUUCGCAGAAUUGCAGACCGACAUCCACGAGCUCACUCAGGAGCUUGACGGAGCAGGAAUCCCCUUCCUGGACUACCGUACCUACGCCAUGAGGGUCCUCUUCCCUGGGAUUGAGGACCAUCCUGUGCUGAAGGAGAUGGAGGUACUGGUCCCAGCUAACGUGGAGAAGUCUCUGACGCUGUUCGGACAGAUGCUGACGAAAAAGCACUUCCUGCUGACGUUCAUCCGCACCCUUGAAGCACAGCGGUCCUUCUCCAUGCGAGACCGCGGCAACGUGGCCUCCCUCAUCAUGACAGCGCUCCAGGGCGAGAUGGAGUACGCGACGGGCGUUCUUAAACAGCUCCUGUCCGACCUCAUCGACAAGAACCUGGAGAGCAAGAAUCACCCAAAGCUCUUACUGAGGAGGACGGAGUCGGUUGCUGAAAAGAUGCUCACCAACUGGUUCACCUUCCUGCUAUACAAGUUCCUCAAGGAGUGUGCUGGUGAGCCGCUCUUCAUGCUGUAUUGUGCCAUGAAGCAGCAAAUGGAGAAGGGGCCGAUAGAUGCGAUCACGGGAGAGGCCCGCUACUCCCUCAGCGAGGACAAGCUCAUCAGACAGCAGAUUGACUACAAGACUUUGACGCUGCACUGUGUCAACCCAGAGAAUGAGAACGCUCCCGAGGUGACAGUCAAGAGUCUCAACUGCGACACGGUGACGCAAGUCAAGGAGAAGCUGCUGGACGCCGUGUACAAAGGCACACCCUACUCCCAGAGACCGAAGGCCUCCGAUAUGGACCUGGAAUGGCGGCAAGGAAGGAUGGCUCGCAUCAUCCUUCAGGAUGAAGAUGUGACCACUAAGAUUGACAAUGACUGGAAGAGACUCAACACCCUGGCUCACUACCAGGUGACAGAUGGCUCGGUGAUUGCGCUGGUUCCCAAACAGAAUUCUGCCUACAACAUCUCCAACUCCUCCACAUUCACCAAAUCUCUCAGCAGAUACGGUACGAGAGAAGAGAGCAUGCUGAGAACCGCCAGCAGUCCAGACAGUUUGCGCUCCCGAACCCCAAUGAUCACGCCUGACUUGGAGAGCGGCACCAAACUCUGGCAUCUGGUCAAGAACCACGACCACUCCGACCAGAGGGAGGGAGACCGAGGGAGCAAGAUGGUCUCUGAGAUCUACCUGACCCGGCUGCUGGCCACCAAGGGCACGCUCCAAAAAUUUGUGGACGACCUGUUUGAGACCAUCUUCAGCACGGCCCACAGAGGCAGCGCCUUGCCGCUCGCCAUCAAGUACAUGUUUGACUUCCUGGACGAGCAGGCCGACAAACACUCCAUCUCGGACUCGGACGUCCGGCACACUUGGAAAAGCAACUGCCUCCCCCUGCGCUUCUGGGUGAACGUGAUCAAGAACCCGCAGUUCGUCUUCGACAUCCACAAGAACAGCAUUACAGACGCCUGCUUGUCUGUGGUGGCCCAGACCUUCAUGGACUCCUGUUCGACGUCCGAGCAUAAAUUAGGGAAGGACUCGCCGUCCAACAAGCUGCUUUACGCAAAAGACAUCCCCAACUACAAGAACUGGGUGGAGAGGUACUACUCUGACAUCUCGAGGAUGUCGGCCAUCAGCGACCAGGACAUGAGCGCCUACCUGGCCGAGCAGUCGCGGCUGCACGCCAACCAGUUUAACAGCAUGUCUGCCCUCCACGAGAUCUACUCUUACAUUGUCAAGUAUAAGGACGAGAUCUUGUCGGCGCUGGAGCGGGACGAACAGGCGAGGAGGCAGCGGCUGCGGAGCAAGCUGGAGCAGGUCAUCGACACAAUGGCCCUGACGAGCUGAGGAUCAUCCGACGCCGGCGUCCAUCCAUCUCCCUCGCUCACAGACGACCAACAUGAAACUGCAAAAGCAUCGAGGCGGUAUACUGCAAAACGCAAAGGGGGGGUCGGCAGAGGCGGGCGGGUCUGUGUAUGCCCUACGUUUGUUCGUUUAUGUGUGACCGAGCGGACAUUUUCGCACGCUGCGUUCAUGGAGAAAGGUGUCAGUGAGAGCUUUUGGUUCCUGUGGAUGUUUUUUGAAAGAACUCCAUGCGCGGCCUCUCGUGCACAAUGGAGAGAAGCUUUGUGGCUCACGUGUCAGGAUGUUGGCUUUUUUUUUUUUCUCCCACCCCACCCUCCAAUCGUUUUGUAUAAAUGUAAUCAACUGCCCACUCUCUGAGCUCUCGCCACUUGUAUUACUGCUGAAUUUGCACAAUUUACAGAAACGCUACAAAUGAAGAAUAUAUAGAUGUUAUAUAUAAAUACAGCGACAUUUUUAAAGGUUAGGGAGAGAACGGUGUUCUUUUUUUUUUUCUCCCCCUUUUUGGUUUUAAUCGAGAGACAAGAUACAACAGUACAUUUGAUAGUUGAAGUGCAAAGAAAAACGCUCCAAACAAACAAAAAAGAAACAAAAAAAAACAAGAAAAAAAAAGUCGUACUGUGCCAUGUUUCCUUUGAAUGUUGUUUAGUGCAAAAACAUUUUGUUAGAUGGAA